AAAAAAACAAAAAGGGGGAAAACGAAGCGCCACCUUGAGCGAGUGGGUUUAAUUAACUUGCAGCCACCCUCUGUGGGCGUUACAAUCUACUCUUUGAAUUCUUACUAAUCCCUAUUGUAUUCUUCCUAAAGAUUAACUUGCAAUUUUCAGAUAUUGUCAAAAUUAUGAAAAUUGAUGAUUCUUGUACACUUGUAAACAAAUUCAAACAUGCAUUUAAUCCUCAUUGGGUUACUGCUAAUGGAGUCAAAGUUAAAGUCUCAGUUGUUGCUACUUUACUCAGUAUUGUUGUUGGUUUCAUUUUUGCAAUUAAAGAUAGCAGCAAACUCAGAAACCUCAUCAUGGCAUCACACAAAAGUAGUAGUUCAACAAAUCAUUUGGUAAUUCCUGGAUUGCAAAAUCUUGGGAAUAAUUGUUUCUUGAAUGUUGUUUUACAGGCUUUAGCUAGCUGUAAGAGUUUUAGCAAAUUUCUUGAGCAAGCUGUGGAGGAAAAUGAGGGUACAUCAAUGGAAGGAAGUAGAGAGUUUCCAGUUAUUGCUGCUUUGGCUUCGCUUGUAGAAGAAUUAUGUAUUGCGCGAGAUGCAAGAGCUGUUCUAAGUCCAAGGAGAUUGAUGCAUGCUAUGACUAGUCACAUUCCUAAUUUCAAUCUAACUAGCCAGCAGGAUGCAGAGGAAGCACUCUCCCAUCUUUUAUCUUCGUUAAGAGCCGAACUGUCAGAAUCUUAUGUUCAUGAUCACAGCUCUUUGGCAGAUGCAAUUGCACUUCCUAAUUGUAGGAUUGUUACACAACGCAUGCAAGGAGAAAGUGAACUAGAGAGAUGGAGGCAAAGUUUUCUUGGGCCUUUUGAUGGGAUUCUUGGCAGCUUUUUAACCUGCCAAAGUUGUUCCUUUCAGAUCUCUCUGGAUUUUCAGUUGUUUCAUAGCUUGCAUCUUGUGCCAGUGUCAAGCAGCAGUGGGGCUAUUAUGCCUGGGUGUUCCGUGGAGCAUUGCCUGAAGCAGUUCUUUGUUGCAGAACAACUUGAACACUAUAAGUGCAGCCAUUGUUGGCAUACUGCUGCCGUAAAGUAUGUCUCUGCCAUGGACGAAAAUGAGGCUAUUGUUGAAAAACUUAAGCUGUGCAACGAAGAAAAUUCAUGUGAUUGCAAAGAGCUAGCGUGCCUUGCAAGAUUUCCAUGGUCAAAUAGCUUCUCACGCACUUUCAAGCAAUUCAGUAUUGGCCGGAGUCCUAAGGUUCUAUGUCUUCAUUUACAACGCGCUUCUAUAAAUAUAUUGGGAGAACAGGACAAACUUCAGGGCCAUAUUUCAUUUCCAUUGAAUUUGGACUUGGCUCCCUUCGUGAAGAAUGGAGUCGGAACAGAAAGUUGGGAAGUGAAUCUGCAAAUUGGGCAAAUAAAGCAUCAUUAUCAUCAGUCUUUCCCUUCAUUCAGUUACUUAAAUCUGCAAGAUGAUAAAAAGAUGUCAACUUGCUCCCAAAGUGAAAGAAAUUUUUCUACAGAAGUAGAAGAUACAGCUGCUUUGUGUGUCUCGGAUAAUUUUGGUGUUAGAAAACCAAAAUCGGAAUCAAUAUCAAGUUUGUACAAGGCUGGAGGCUACAAGGAGAUCAGCUUAAAUCAGCUGCCUCCACGUUCUGGCAAUCAGGGUGGAGCUUCCUCAACAACACAUUCCAAAAGUCACAAGUAUCAGCUGGCCUCUGUGGUGCAGCACUUUGGACUAGUUGGUAGCGGGCAUUACACCGUUUACAGACGGGUGACAGCCAAAAUUAGCGAGGACGAUCCUGCAGGACUACUGGGAUCUGCUGUAGAUCAGUGGUUUUGCAUCUCUGACACCAACGUGCAUAGUGUUUCUGAGGAAGACGUUCUGGACGCGGAAGCAACCUUACUAUUUUAUGAAAAAGUUUCCGAUAGUUCAAGUUUUGUCGAGUUAUAGCUGUUUGUAGUAAGCCUGGUAGUAGAGUGUAGGCUUAGGGUUUAGGGUUCAGGAUACUCACUGUGAGUCUAUUGUUAUGGGCAUUCUGUGUUUUGCCUGGAGAACUGGCUCUGAACUUAAUCAGAUUUCAGUAUACUUGUAUAUUGUUUCUUAGUGAGCAUUUGGUCAUGAAUAGUUCAA